UUGGGCUAUUUUCUUGUCGCCUGCUUCUUUUCUAGGUUCUUUUCUUUAGUUUUCUCCACAAUGUUGGGAUGGACACUUUUAUCGAUGAUGUUAUUGCUCUGGAUGACAAGAGCGACACUUACAGGCGGCACAGGUUAUAGUUUGGGGCCAAAUAGCGGAUCAGCUAAUAUUAAAGGAAAUGGUCAAAGUGUCUCUCUUCCAGCAGCCAAUGGAAAUGGGGCUAUGUUGAAAGGUUAUGGAGCAUCAGCUGCAGCCACACAAAAUGGAUAUGGAGCGCUACCCAAUGGUCACAGUGCCUCUCUUCCAACAACCAAUGGAAAUGGAGCUACAGUCAAAGGUCAAAGUUUCUUUCCUGCAGCAGCCAAUGGAAAUGGAGCAUUCAAAGGGUAUGGGGUAAAGGCCGGACUUAACAAUGGACAAGCUGCCAAACCCCAGGGUUCUUCUUUAGGAAAUAUGGGCUAUCCCAAUAGUGGAAUCAAUGGACCAAAACCAGGCUAUGGUACAAAGGCCGGACCCUACUACAAUGGACAAGGAGCAAAACCUCAGGGUUCCUUUCAAGGAAAUAUGGGCUAUCCCAAUAAUGGGGGCAAGGGACCUAAACCAGGGUAUGGUGCAAAGGCCGGACCCUACAAUGGACAAGCAGCCGAGCCACAGGGUUCCUUUCAAGGAAAUAUGGGCUAUCCCAAUAAUGGGGGCAAGGGACCUAAACCAGGGUAUGGUGCAAAGGCCGGACCCUACAAUGGACAAGCAGCCGAGCCCCAGGGUUCCUUUCAGGGAAAUAUGGGCUAUCCCAAUAAUGGGGGCAAGGGACCUAAACCAGGGUAUGGUGCAAAGGCCGGACCCUACAAUGGACAAGCAGCCGAGCCCCAGGGUUCCUCUCAAGGAAAUAUGGGCUAUCCCAAUAAUGGGGGCAAGGGACCUAAACCAGGGUAUGGUGCAAAGGCCGGACCCUACAAUGGACAAGCAGCCGAGCCCCAGGGUUCCUCUCAAGGAAAUAUGGGCUAUCCCAAUAAUGGGGGCAAGGGACCUAAACCAGGGUAUGGUGCAAAGGCCGGACCCUACAAUGGACAAGCAGCCGAGCCCCAGGGUUCCUCUCAAGGAAAUAUGGGCUAUCCCAAUAAUGGGGGCAAGGGACCUAAACCAGGGUAUGGUGCAAAGGCCGGACCCUACAAUGGACAAGCAGCCGAGCCCCAGGGUUCCUCUCAAGGAAAUAUGGGCUAUCCCAAUAAUGGGGGCAAGGGACCUAAACCAGGGUAUGGUGCAAAGGCCGGACCCUACAAUGGACAAGCAGCCGAGCCCCAGGGGUAUGGUGCAAAGGCCGGACCCUACAAUGGACAAGCAGCCGAGCCCCAGGGUUCCUCUCAAGGAAAUUUGGGCUAUCCCAAUAAUGGGGGCAAAGGACCUAAACCAGGGUAUGGUGCAAAGGCCGGACCCUACAAUGGACAAGCAGCCGAGCCUAAGGGUUCCUCUCAAGGAAAUAUGGGCUAUCCAAAUAAUGGGGGCAAGGGACCUAAACCAGGGUAUGGUGCAAAGGCCGGACCCUACAAUGGACAAGCAGCCGAGCCCCAGGGUUCCUCUCAAGGAAAUAUGGGCUAUCCCAAUAAUGGGGGCAAGGGACCUAAACCAGGGUAUGGUGCAAAGUCUGGACCCUACAAUGGACAAGUAGCAAAGCCCCAGGGAAAUAUGGGCUAUCCCAAUAGUGGAAUCAAUGGACCUAUAGCAGGUUAUGGUGCAAAGGCCAGUCCCUACAAUGAACAAGCAGCCAAGCCCCAGGGUUCUUCUCUAGGGAAUAUGGGAUAUCCCAAUAGUGGAAACAAUGGACCUCAUCCAGGGUAUGGUGCAAAGGCCAGUCCCUACAAUGGACAAGCAGCCAAGCCCCAGGGUUCCUAUCAAGGAAAUAUGGCCUAUCCCAACAGUGGACUCAAUGGACUAAAACCAGGGUAUGGUGCAAAGGCCGGACCCUACAAUGGUCAAGCAGCCAAGCCCCAGGGUUCUUUCCUAGGAAAUCAGGGCUAUCCCAGUAGUGGAAUCAAUGGACCUAAACCAGGUCAUAGUGUCCCUGGUGGUCUGUCCAAAGGACCGUAUAGCAAGGGUAUUAAUUCAGGGUAUAGCCCUGCAAAAAAUGGAAAAGGUGGUGUUUCCAGUGGAAAGGGACCUAAAGGAGAAACUCUCCCUGUAUCAGCCAACACAAAAGGCCUUUUACCACAAACUGAACAUGAGACAAGCACAAGAUUCCCAUCAGACUUUUCAUCAAUUAUGCAACAAACAAAAGGGCCGAGACCAUUUUUUCCGCAGGGCAAAGCCCCAAAACCUUUGGCACCUCAGCCUGUUGUACCACAAGGACUACCUUCCUCUUAUAAACCAGGUCCACAGUCAAAAGCUUCAAAACCAGAAAAAGCAGCGUUUCAACCCAACCAGGCUUUAACUCAACCGAGGAAUCCUUCAACAACAAAUACUGAACUCCUUGGACUGGGACAAAUUGAUGGACAGCAUCAGGCAGCUAAACCGUCAAAGCCUGAUUGUGGACCUGAUGGAAGACCUAAUGGACAAUGGAUGAAACUACCAAGUCCUGGGUCGAUGUACCCCACACAAAAUGGGGUAAAACCAUCCAAACCAGCCUUUGGAACAGGAGUGAGUGGCUAUUCUGUCCCUGGCGUGAACAAUGGACACAAUGCAUUUGGUGGUGGCCAUGGAUCCUUCCCAGGUGCAGAAUUCGGCAACGGAUAUGCUGGUCUUCAAGGCGGCCUUACAAAAGGAUUGGGAUCCAAAGGAAAAUCCCAAAAAAAAUAUGGCAUAGGGGGACGAGCAUUUUCUAGCUCCCCCCAUGGAUACCAACGUAACCCCUUUGAAAAAUAUGGUUAUGAUGGUCAGCAAUAUGGAACCAAACCCUUCAAUGUUAAAGGAGGUUAUGGAGGGUUACCUUACAAUAAACAGCCCCUUGGCUAUGGUGGUGAAAAAUCCCCUGGAUUUGGGGGUUUUCCAUAUGGUGGUCAGCCCCUUGGCCAUGGGACCGACGCAAAUUUGGGAAAUUAUGGUAAUCCAGCCGUGUCAUAUGAGCUCCUUGGACCAGUGACGGAUGGCCAAUCUGUUGACGAAAACCGAAAUCUGGAGGCUUUUCCCCACGGCCCUGUAAUUGAUGGACAAAAAUCCAUUGACCAUUUUGGAGAAGGAGAGGUCCCAACCCAACCUGAUAAUCCUGUGAUACUGGCAGCGGGAGAUACACCCACAAAAUUCACUGACAAAUAUGGAAAGGAGGAUUUUACCAAUGAAAGAAUACAACCAGAGGUUGUCUCAUUCCCUGCUGGUCCCACUGAAACCCCCGUCCAUCACAUUCCUGCUGUCACCUCAUUUGACUCACCUGAGGGUUCCCCCCUUGCACUCGUCACAGGACAUUUGGACUCAAUGGUGCCUAACAUUGUUUCUGAGGUGUCUGCUUCACCUGUGUCCACUCAGUCUGAAUUUCCCACUUUAUUGCUGCAGCCAGCACCACCACAGCAGAUCCACAUCCAACAGCACCUCAAGUUUAACUUCCACCCCCAUGGCACCCCUGAGAUGGGAGAGAAGGAAGGCAAAUAUAAUUUGAAAGGACUCUUUGGAAAUAAACACCAAGGAUAAUUUGAAAUGAAGCUUCAGACCAGUUCUUUAGACUGCAAUGGAAACGCAGACAGCAAUGGGUCUGAGAGGAGGAAUGUUCCUGGGGAAAAGAUUCUGGGACAAAUUUUUCCAGUUAAUUUCGAUCAAAAUGUGGCUUUACUGAGUAAAGUUGAAUCUUCACUUUUUUUACAGUUGUUUCUGUGAACUGUUGUAUAUUUUUCUCAUUUUAAUUCCUUUUUUUCUGUAAUAAACCUGUUUCAGUCAAUUAAGAGUUAUAUUUAAUAUGUAUCAAUAAAUGGUUGCAUGAAAAAUUAUGACAUUUUACAUUUAUAUUGACUACAACUGCAGAUUACAUAUUUCUAUGUCAAUCUUUGCUCAGGAUUUCUGAAUUCAAAUAAUUUCACUGUAGUUGACUAGUUUUUUUGCUACAACCGGAACUAUUUAUUUCUGUAUAUCUCUUUCAUG